GCAGCAGCAGCGCAAACGCGGAGGCUGAGGCAGCGCAGCGCAGCGCUCAUUCCCCAUUCGAGAUUGCACAGACAGGCUGUCUCUGUAGGUGGGUUCCAACAGCUGACCCUGCUGCCCCAUCCAUCCAUCCACUCACCCGCCAACCGACAGCCGCAGCUGUGGAGAGCAGCGCACUUCGAGGAGAAUCAGCCAACGAGUAGCAAUUCGAAGGACCCGAUAACCACAAAAAUCCCAUCCACAUCAUGUCCGCGGACUCGCCACGCCGCCAUCCGUCCGGCGUUGGCGGGGGCGGUGUCGGUGGAGGGGGAUUGCGCGGUGGCGGCCAGGCUGUGCCGGCCAUUGUGCCGCCCCAGACGGUGUCGGAUCGCUCGAUACUGGACUCGGCCAUUGGUUUCAUCAACGAUGUCACCCUGGCCAAUCAGCCGGUGCAGGAUCCUAAGGACACAAUCACCUGGGCCCGCUUCGAGACCUGUGCGGACGUGAGCGAUCCCCGUUUCGGUGAUGAUUGGGAACUGGAGGGCAAUGCUGCCCCGCCGCUUCUCCUCAUCCUCGGCUAUGGCCUGGGUGUGCAAGUCUGGGCCAUACCCGCCAACGGGGAGGCCGUUGAGGUGCUGUCCUGGCGUCAUGGCGUCGUCACAGCCCUCCGAGUUCUCCCGACACCGGCCACCGCACCCGCCCUCGAUGAAAACGGGCGGGCCGAUGAGCCAGUGGAUGCCUUUGCCGAGAAGCGACCCUUGGCAGCCCUCGUAGAUGGUGGCAGUGCGGCGGCCAGCGGUUUUAUGUCCGGCGGCAGUGGCGGCUCUGGCAUCGGUGGGGCCAGCGGCGGCGGAAUCGGCUCUGGCAGCGGUGGCAGUGCCUCUGGAGUGGCUCAAUUCAGUGCAGUCAAUUUUCUGUCGCUCAAGACGGGCGUUCAGGUGAAGACAAUCAAAUUCAAGAAUGCGGUGCUCGAUAUCCAGGCCAAUCGUUCGGCUGUGGUCAUCACAUUUCACGAAAGGAUCGCCGUCUUUGAUGCCCGGACACUGGAGGAUCGCCUAACCAUCACAACCUGCUAUCCCAGUCCGGGAAUCAAUCCCAAUCCGAUUGCCCUGGGGCCACGCUGGCUGGCCUAUGCAGAGCACAAGCUGCUGCACUCCAAGCGCAGCGGCGGCGGCUGCGAUGGCGAGGGUGUGCCCAGCUAUACGGCCACUGUGCUGAAUGCGGCCAAAUCGCUGGGCAAGGGUCUGCGAGAGUUGGGCGAACAGGUGGCAGCCGGUUUGACUGGGGCCACGGCUGGCAGCGGUGCCAGCUCAAAGAGCAGCAGCUUCGAUUCGGCCAGCGGUGGUCCGGAUGCCAAGCAGUCCGGUGUGGUCACCAUUAUCGAUGUGAAGCAUCCUGUUAAGGACUACAGCCCCACGACGGGCACACCUUUGAGCUCGACAGGCGGCGCUCAGUCUGGCGGUGAUCCGAUUGUGGCUCAUUUUGUGGCCCACAGCGAGGCAUUGGUGGCCAUGGAGUUUGACAGCUCCGGGAUGCUGCUGCUGACGGCCGAUCGACGCGGGCACGAUUUUCAUGUCUUCCGCGUGCAACCGCAUCCGGUGGGGCCCUGUCUGGCGGCAGUGCAUCAUUUGUAUGUGCUGCAUCGGGGCGAUACGAGCGCCAAGGUGCAGCACAUUGCCUUCUCGCUGGACUCGCGCUGGGCGUCGGUGUCGACGCUACGCGGCACCACCCACGUCUUCCCCAUAACGCCAUACGGCGGCGCCAUGGGCGUUCGGACGCACACAUCGCUGCAUGUGGUCAACAAAUUGUCGCGCUUCCAUCGCAGUGCCGGCCUUGGGGCCGAUGGACGCUCCAGUUCUCCCAUUUCGCACUCGGAGAGCACCACAUUUGUUCAGUCGCUGCAGCCGUAUCACAAUCCCACGCUUCCCCCCUAUCCGCGGCCGUCGGUGGUCCAGCCCCUCGCUCAGCUACGACAGCCCUUUACCCUUGGUUCGCCGCCUGGUUCGGCUGGCGGCCUUGGUGGCGUAGUGGGUGUCGGGGCCGGCGUCGGCGGGGGUAUGGGUGUGGGGAGCCAUGGUGGCGGCAUCGGCGGCGGCAUCGGUGGCGGCAACAGCAGCCAGAGACAGCGACAGCGACUCUCCUCGCUGUCGGAUGACAGCGGGAAGCCAUUGAGCGUCUGCUCAAUAUUCGCCAAAUCGCGCUCCUGGCUGCUGGAGCCGCUGACGACAACACGAGAGGCCCCGCAUCGCGUUCAGCGCAAGGCCGUCGACUCGCUUUUCGUGAUGGCCGGCCAUGGAGCGCUCAUCCAGUACGAUCUGGACACGAAGUUACCCUCAAAUGUUGCCAAAGAGAAGAUUUGUGAUGACACGCCCAUUGAACUGGAGGUGGAGGCCCGAGCGCAAUGGAAUCUGGGGCGACGCAAGGAUGGAUCUCAUGAAAUCAUACCACCGCUGGCGCUGGACAAUUGGCUGAUCAAGGAUCGCCAUAGCAGCCUGCUGCUGGACAGUGCCCAUCAGUUCGAUGAGCCCGACGAGCGUGCCGAGAGCUGGUUAGCCCAGGUCGAGAUCAUAACGCAUGCGGGACCCCAUCGACGCCUCUGGAUGGGGCCGCAGUUUGUGUUCAAGAACUACAAUACGCCCAGCGGCUCAAAUUUGAACCACGUGGAUGCUGAGGCUGUAGAGAUUGGGGUUACAAAGACAACAACCACAACGCUACCCUCAACGGUGGCUGCCUCGUCAAUUGGCCCUGGCGUAGCUACUGGAGUGGCAGCCAAGGAGCGUUCGAGUCCCCUGAAUAUGCCACUGAAUGCGGCCGCCUCUCUGGCAGCCAACUCGGGCAUAGGAAGCACUGCAGGUCGUAGUGGUCCUGGAGUGCCGGUGCUAAUCGAAUCCGGUUCGUAUAGCAGCAUUGAGCAGAGCCCCAAGCUGAUGGAUCGCUUCCGGCAUGGCCAUUUGGACUCGGACUACGGACAUGGCGAUACACGGCUAAAGGAGGACCUGGCCGAUGCCAUGCGAGAGUCGCCAUCAAUGGCAGCCACGCGACGCGAAACGGGCCAGCCAUCAGGUUCUUCGGCAUUGGCUUCAGUGGCGGCGCCAGCAGCCUCCUCCUCCGUCUCGGCCAUCGAUAAUGUCUGCUACUAUGACGCCCUCGCCGAGCACGAGCACCUUAACGAUCCUGAUCACGAUCCCGAAGGUGAAGGAGGAGGUGAGGCGCCAGAUAAGGAUAGUAUGAACGAUGAUGCGCCACGGACGGCAUCAGAUGUGAGGUCAAGGGACCUGGGAAAGGCAGAGCGACGCCAUCUGAUCGAGCACAUGAGUAGCAGCAGCAGCAGCAUGGCCGCCCUGGCCUCGGUGCUGCCCAACAUAUGCAGCUACGACUACCCCACCGGUGGACAUCAUUACAGCGGCGGCCAUUCCAGGAUCGAGAAGAUCGUCAAUCCGCUGGGCACGGUUACGGAUGUGAAUGCAGGCAUCUCGGGUGAGCUGCAGACGGACAUGCUGGACGAGGUGGUGUGCCAGCUGGCCGCCGAGGAGAGCAUCAUCCAUGAGAACUGUGACGAGGCUCUCUUUCGGCCGGUGGUGGCCAUCUUUUGCAACGAUCUGGUCGAGCAGCGCAACCAUCAGCAGCAGCUGUUGCUGGCCAAGGAGGAGCAAGCCGCCGCCGCUGCCGCCGGCUUGGGACCGGGCUCGAAGGGCGGCGAAAAUGAUCACUGCAAGCCGCCGGUGGUGCUGGCCAAUAAGCUCAUUGUGCCCGUCAUUGCCAAGGAGGUGGACGAGGUGCUUGUCCAAAAAGAAAAGCAAAAGUCACAGAGAUCCCAGCACCAAAAAGCGCAGCAGCAGCAGCAGAAAUCGCAGCUCAAGUCCCUGGCGGCUGCCGAAGAUGCGGCCCAGGCACAGCGAUUUGCCGAGCUCUCGCAUCUCAAUAAGCCCAAAGGAGGGCCCAAUCCGAAUCCCAGCAAUAACAGCAAAACUGCCAGCAGUCAGAGCAACGCCACAGAGGAGGAAAACGUCAUCAGCAGUGGUGGUGGCAAGGCAUCCAAGAAAGGCGGCAAGCAGAAGACGAUCCUCAACAACAAAGGAGUAGAGAAGAAACUGCCCUCCGUGGAAGUGGAAGCAAAGGAGAAGCUCAAGAAGCAGACACAGGAUAAAGUGCAGGAUCUAGAUGAAAUAAUUGUAGUCGUGGAAGAGGGUGGGGACGAGUCAGAGGUAGAGUCGGAUCAUGCCGAUAGCUUGCUGGCCAAUAAGAGCAGCAUUGCCGCCGUCAUGGUGAGCAGUGCCAGCGCCCAAGGAUUGAGUCUACUUGUGGAGACGACCACGCAAACGGGCGAGGAUGAUACCGAGGGGGAGGCUGAAGAUGACGAUAAUAAUGAUGAUGAUGAUGAGGAGGAGCUGGAGAAGGAACUCCAAAAAGACAAGAAAAAGCUAGAAACCAUGACAAUCGAAAGGGAGAAGGAAAAAGCCAAGGAAAGGGAGAAUGAAAAGGAAAAGGAGAGGCUCAAGGAAAAGGAGAAACUUCAAGCGAAGGAAAAGCUAAAGCUGGAGAAGGAGAAGGACAAGGAGAAGCAGGCUAUCCAGGAGAAGCAGAAGCUAGAAAAGCAAAAGGAAAUGGAGAAAGAGAAAGAGAAGCUGAGGCUGGAAAAAGAGAAGCAGUUCCAAGAGAAGGAACGGGAGAAAGAGAAGCAGCUCCAAGAGAAGGAAAAGCUGAAGCUGGAAAAAGAAAGGCUCCAAGAGAAGGAGAAGCUGAAACUCGAAAAGGAAAAAGAAAAGCAGCUCCAAGAGAAGGAAAAGUUGAGACUAGAAAAGGAAAAGGAAAAGCAGCUUCAAGAACGAGAGAAGGAGAAGCAAAAACUCGAAAAGGAAAUGCUGGAAAAGGAGAAAGACAAGGAGAAGGAGAAGCUGCGUCUCGAAAAGGUAAAACUUCAGGAAAAAGAGAAACUCAAAGAGAAGGAGAAACUUCAGGAGAUGCUAAAGCUCGAAAAGGAGAAGGAGAAAGAGAAACUCCUGGAGAAAAUUAAGGAAAAAGAAAAGUACCGAAACCCAGAGAAGCAGGGUAAAGCAGGCGAGAUCUCUGCAGCAACGACGACGAGCUACCUGGUGAAAGUGAUAGAGGAAGCUGCUCCCAGCAAGAAGCCAAUCGAUGCUGCAACGGUUCCGGCCAGUCCGUGGAAGCGAGUCGUUGUCGACAGCGAUGAAGGCAGCGUUCCCAAGCAGCUGUCGUCAGCGGUGCAGCAGGAUUAUCCCACGCUGGGCAAGAAGCAGAGCAAACCCAGCAGCCCAGAGAAGACCACUGGCCCACUGCCAAAGCCCCCCCGUGCAGCCAAAGAGAACUUUGAGGACUUUCUGAGUGGCAUGGAGUCGCUGCCACCGCUGCCCGAUCUCGAGCCGCUCGAGGUGAAGCCGAAUGAGACGCAGCAGCAACUCAUCUCGGAGGGUGGCGCGUCGCUCAGCCUGAUCAAUUUCGAGAGUCCGCUGCAGGAGAGUGCGGCGACGAUGAUGCCGAUCAAGAUCACGCCGCCGCCACGAGGAUUCACCGAGAAGAACCUCGUGCUGGCCCUUUGCGGUUCCCUGCACUAUGAGGAGGAGAAGGAGCAGGAGCAGGCUCGAGAGCGGCAGAUGGCGGGCACCGAAAUGGACCUGGAACUGAAGCCCCAUCCGUAUGUGCUGCUGAUGGCCGGAGAUGAGCAACAACAGUCGCCGCUGGGCCUGCUACAAAAGUCAACAUCCACGUCGAACAACUCAUCUGGCUCCGAGGAGAUUAUCCUCAUGGAGGAACCGGCCAGCAAGAAGCUCAGCAAGAAGCACAAACGCAUGAAGCAGCUUCAGCUGCAGCAGCAGCAGCGCGAGAAGGAACGGGAGAGGGAACGGGAGCGGGAAAGGGAGAAGGAACGUGCCAGAGCACGGGAGUCGGAAGAUGAGGAGCUUCGUCCGCUCAUCAGCAUCAGUAUGUGCGAUUCUCAGCUGGAGAUGCACUCGCCCGUUAAAACAUCAAAGGCCAAACGGUCCGAGAAGGAGCCAAUCGAUGCGGAUGCGGAUGAUGAUCCCGAGGAUGAGGAGGAGGAAGAGGGAGACGAGGAGGAGGAGGAGGACGAGUUGAGCCAAACACUGCCGGAGGAUUUGCUCCAUUUUGGGAGCAGUGGCGUGGCCACCAGCGCCACCACUGCCACCACGAACACCGCAACAACAACAGACAGCGAGGGACCCAUCCCGGCCACCACAUCCGAUGACAAUCUCGUGUUUAGCUCAUCCACAGCCGCAUCGCCGCCGCACAAGCUCAAGACCAAGAAGCUGGAGCAUAAAAUAAAUCUAAUAGCAGCCAUCGAGGCGGCCACCUCAUCGUCCACUUCCUCGGCGGAGGAGAGUAGCGUGGAGACGGCCGGUCCCAUUGUGCUCAGUGGUGCAGCCCAUUCGGAUGCCAAUCCAUCUGCAGGCACGGCCACGUCCGCUGCGGCUAACUCUGGCGGUGCGUCUGCGAGCUCUGCCAUUCCCGCGACUGGAGCUAGUUCACCCGCUGUGGGUCUGCUCCAUGUCGGCUCCACUGUGGGCAUGGGCGUGGCCAGUCAGCCGAGUGCCACAAAGAAGAAGACGAAGCGGCGCAAGAGAUAAGAAUUAGCGAUUUGUUUGCUGUGCGUCUUCAGUCUCGUUGUGCUCUGGCACUUGUAUGCAAGCCAGGAGAGAGGCGUGAGUGCUGGUAACAGUAACAGUAACAGUAACAGUAACAGUAACGGUAUCAGUGCUAGUGCCCUCCAUCAGGAGCUGCAGGUAGUGGAGCAGGAGCCAACUGAGGUGCAGGCAGCAGUACAGCCAUCACAGCCUGAGACGGAGCAGAAUAAGGAUCAGCAGCAUCAGCAUCAGCAGCUAUCGGUCAAAGACAUUGCCAGUGCCAGAGCCAAGUAGGAGCUACAACAACAACAACAUCCAAAGACAGCAGCAAACAAAAUUCCACCACAAAAGCGAACAGCAAGGGCCAUUUGGUCACAAAAUUGAGUUUCGGAAUAAACAUAAAGAGAGAGAGAGAGAGAGAGAGAUGACGAACCGUACACCAUGGUGAAAUUACUUUGUACAAGACACGCUUGUCUUUUCGAGCGUGGUGAAUAAGUUAGUGGUCCUUCCCACAGCGAACAACGUCCCCUUGUUGGUAGUAAUUUCAGCAUGCCGUGCACCGUACAUCGUUCCCCUUCGGAUGGAUACCCCCCAACCAUAAAAGAUGAAAGAUUCUAGCUUAAUUCUUUAGCUGUUUUGCCAGCAAAAUAUCACCAGAAAAGCAACAAACAAAACAAAACGACAAAAAAAAACACAA